AUGAGUAAUCCUAAUAUUACUAGUAAAAAACUUUAUGAUGUUUCACAUAAUGCCAGAUUCGAUUUUAUAUUGGCUGAAGUUCAAGAAUGGCUUGAAAGACAAGCUUUGCAUCAAAUUCAUAUAUCUCGUCCAAAGUUUAUUCAAUAUGCCUCUUUUAAUGAUAUACAAGAUUUAAACGAAGUACACCAGUCUGAUACUACGCCUAUGCCUCAUGAUAAAGUAGGUAAUCAGAUUUACAAGUAUAGGAGUGUUAUCAAAGAUGUUGCAACUAGGUACCAAUGUAGUUUUGCAUUAACUGAUAAAUUUUCUGCACAAAUGGCUAAAGCAAUCCAAAAAAUUUACAAUGAUUCUAAUAAUCCUUUUAACUAUCCAAAAACUUUUAUUAGUAAUAGAGGUAUGUCUCCUAAUGAGACAGUAAAACAUGCAUUAAAAAGUGAAAAAAUAAUAGCCAAACCUGCAGUUAAGCAUAGAAAACCUAUUGGUUAUAGCGAGUUUCUUUUACCAAGCAAUGUAGAAGUUCAUCAUCUUUUAGAACCUGAAAAUCAACCAGUUCUCUAUAAGCUAUAUAAUGGACCUAAACAUUCUUUUGUACUAGAAGAGCUACAAAUUAUCCCUCCAGAUACAAUGCUAUCAUCCAGAUAUAUUCUUAAGCAUUAG